AGUCCCAUCCCUCUUGCCGUCGACCCCUCUGAAACACAGACCCACUCUCUCGCCGUUGCACCUCCCCUCACGGCCUCACCUCUCGAGCUGUUCCCGUCGCACACACAGCCCCUCGGCCCCUCUCUCAACGCUGCGCUGCCCUCUCUGUCUCUCACCGUCUCACGCAGCCGGCAGCCCCUCUCUCACGUCUCCCUGUCUUCGGCGGUUAAUGGAGAUCCAGAAAGAGAACCGCAACAUCCACGACCACCAACGCCGUCAGAUGGCGGCGAAAUUCGAGCUAAAGCGCAAGCUUUUCAAGGCCUUUAUAAGAGAUCCUGAUCUCCCCACAGAGGUUCGGGAACAGCAGCAGUACAAGCUGGCCAAGUUGCCCAGAAACAGCUCCUUCACGCGCCUCAGAAACCGGUGCAUCUUCACGGGUCGCCCUCGUGGCGUGUACCAGUUCUUCCGGAUGUCCCGUAUCGUUUUCCGUGAAUUGGCCUCCCGAGGUGCUCUCAAUGGCAUUAAGAAGGCUUCUUGGUAGAGAAAUUGAUCAAAAUGGAAAGCAGAUUGCAACAACUCCAUUUUGGAUGUAAGAUCUUAUCUUUUCGGAAUCAGGAAGACAGAAUAAAUAAAUUAGAAGGCAGAAGACUAACCACGCACAUCAGCAAUAAGGAUUUCCUGCAAGGUCCCCCCACAGGAGUUACAGAAGCAUUACUCCAUGGAAUCCUGUAGCUGAUCCGGUGGACCGGUUGAUUGUAGAAUUAUUUGAAGUAGUCCUUCCUCAUAUUCAGAGCUGAUGUUCGUGGCAGCCAACUGCAUUCCAAAGCUCUGUUCUGACGGGUAGAAGCCAAAGGAAACUGGAUUGGAAAAUAGUUGUUAGACAGAAAGGAAAACAAAACAAAUUUAAUAAUGUUUUGGAAGGAUUGUGCAAUGGGUUCUCUUUUGUAUAAAGCAUGCUCGUUUUGGCUAGCUUGCAACCUGAAUAGGAUUA